AUGGCUGAAGUCCAGCUGUUUGUAUUACAGGACGAGUUCAUCUGCACGGUGUGUUCGGACACCAUGACUGACCCUGUCACCAUCCCCUGUGGACAUAAUUUCUGUCUGAAUUGCCUCCUGGACUGCUGGGAUCAGAAUCAAGAGUUCAGCUGUCCUCAGUGCAGACACACCUUCACCACAAGGCCAGCUCUGCGAAGCAACACCCUUCUGAGUGAAGUAGUCAAGAAACUGAAGAAGACAAGACUCAGUUCCCCUUCAUCUAAAAAUUAUGUCGGCACUGGAGAUGUGGAGUGUGAUUUCUGUACUUGGAAGAAGUACAGAGCGGUGAAGUCCUGUUUAACCUGCAUGGCCUCCUACUGUCAGACUCACCUGCAGCUUCACUAUGAAGGAGAUGCUCUGAAGCACCACAAGCUGGUUGAUCCUGAUAGAAACCUGAAGGGAAAACUCUUUUGGAAACAUCACAAAUGUCUGGAGAUGUUUUGUAAAUCUGAUGAGACCUGCAUCUGCAUGAUGUGUGGAAUGACUGAACACAACAGUCAUGAAAAGCUCGAGCUGGAGAUGGAAACAGAAGGAAAACAGAAACAGCUGGGUGCAACACAGAGUGAAAUUAGGAGGAGACUUGAAGAGAAAGAGAAGAAACUGAAGGAGAUGAGGAGGACAGUUGAGGAGAUGAAGCUUUCUGUGGAAAGAGUGAUGGAGGAACAUGAAAAGAGCUUCAGAGAUCUGAUUCAUUGCAUUGAGGAAACCCACAAGAACCUGACAGAGAAAGACUCACUCAGCUUCACCAUCAUGGCUGAGUUUUCUUCUGAGUACCUGCUAAAGGAGCUAUCAUGUCUGAAAAAGAGUCUGGAGAAGAUCAGCCAAUGGGACAUCAUGACAUGGACUCCAUCAGGUCAUGAAGCUCCAAUCUUCACCCUACGGCCUCCUGAACCUCAGAACAGAGAGGAGUUUUUACAAUACUUCUGUCCCCUCACACUUGACAUCAACACGGCACACAGAGACCUUCAUCUGUCUGAAGAGAACAAGAAGGUGACACAUGAGUGGACAGUGGCUGAAUAUCCUGAUCAUCCUGAGAGAUUUAACUGGUGGCCUCAAGUUCUGUGCAGGGAGGCUCUGACUGGGACUCACUGUUACUGGGAGGUGAAGUGCAGUGGAGACUUCAUGGAAAUUGGAGUCGCAUAUAAAGGACUGGGCAGGAAAGGAGUGGGCAUGGAGUGCGGCCUUGGAAACAACGACAAGUCCUGGAGUUUGCUGUGUUCUCAUUCCCAGUACAUUGUGUGUCACAAUAACAUUGAGACGGAAAUCAGCGCCCCCUACAGCCCCAGAAUAGGUGUGUAUCUGGACUGGCCUGCUGGCUCUCUGUCAUUUUAUAGCGUCUCACACACAAUGACCCUCCUGCACAGGUUCAACACCUCCUUCACUGAGCCGCUCUAUCCAGGGUUUUAUCUUGAUCUUCACUGCAGUGUAACAAUCAGCCAUGUGAUCACUGACUAG